AUGAUUUUCUACUGCUGGAAUUGUAUAAUUUUUAUUGAGCUUCAAGAAAGCUCAAUUUGUCCGCAAUGUAACGCUGAUCAUUCCUCUCCAGACACACUAAUUGCAAUUAUUGAAGGCAAUUAUCAAGCCCCAAAUGAAAAUCAACAAGUUAAUGAGACAGAAAUCGUUUACGCUGAUCAAGCAACUGCAAUUGUUGAAGGCAAUUAUCAGGCUCCAGCUGAAAAUCAACAAGAAAUUGAGAGAGAGAUCAUUUACGAAUUUGAGGAAAAUCCCACUCUGAAAGGACCUAUCGAAUUCAUGAAAACAGAGGGUGAAAUCGACACAUGCUAUAUUUGCAUUGAAGAAAUCGAGUGUAUGUAA